AUGUCUUUCCCGACCCUCGUCCACGUGGAGUCCCCCUUUCACCCCCAGACUCACUUUCGCAAGUUCGAGGAUAUCCUGAAAUCCUAUGGAAAUAAUAACAUGUGGCAAAUGGCGCUUUAUUAUUUGAAAGAAAUUUGUGCCAAUUUUGUGACUGAUCGUUUCUUUUUUUUCCACCAGGGAAAUGAGGCAAGUUACCCUUUGGAAAUGUGCUCACACUUUGAUGCUGAUGAAAUUAAAAGGCUAGGAAAGAGAUUUAAGAAGCUCGAUUUGGACAAUUCUGGUUCUUUGAGUGUGGAAGAGUUCAUGUCUCUGCCUGAGUUACAACAGAAUCCUUUAGUACAGCGAGUAAUAGAUAUAUUCGACACAGAUGGAAAUGGAGAAGUAGACUUUAAAGAAUUCAUUGAGGGAGUCUCUCAGUUCAGUGUCAAAGGCGAUAAGGAGCAGAAGUUGAGGUUUGCUUUCCGGAUCUAUGACAUGGAUAAAGAUGGCUAUAUUUCCAAUGGGGAACUCUUCCAGGUGUUGAAGAUGAUGGUGGGGAACAAUCUGAAAGAUACACAGUUACAGCAAAUUGUAGACAAAACCAUAAUAAAUGCAGAUAAGGAUGGAGAUGGAAGAAUAUCCUUUGAAGAAUUCUGUGCCGUUGUAGGUGGCCUAGAUAUCCACAAAAAGAUGGUGGUAGAUGUCCUCACGGCAGAAGAGCCCCCCGCAGCUUCAACAUCACCCAGAGGCCACCGGUUUGAUCUGCUUCUGGCCCCGCCUUGUUCCAGUCCCAGGGUCCCCGCUAGUACCAGAAGCCCAUCCCCGGAGAGGGGCGGGAAGACAGGCCUCUUCGCCGGCCGGGCUUCCUCCGUUUCCAUACGGGCCGCGUCCUCGCCCUCCCCCGCUGCGGACAGCUGCUCGGCCUGCCGUGAGAUCGCCCGCCGGCCACCCUUGCGGGUGACCUGGGUGAAACCAUCCUCUGCCCCGGCGCUCCGUGCCUCCAUCUCGGCUUCCAUCCUCAGGAACCUCCGGCCCGGGCAAACCUUCCACCUGGUGCACGUGCGCUGCUGCACCGCGCAGAGUACGGCAAACAGGAGGGACAAACUGUCCUUUAUGUUUGGAGACUGGUUUCCAGGUUAGUUUCGUUAGGGUCUGGGUUUGGCAGUUGCUGGAGGUGAAACUGGCUUGACCAUGUCGGCCUUCGAGAAGCCUCAGAUCAUCGCCCAUAUCCAGAAGGGCCUCAACUACACGGUGUUUGACUGUAAGUGGGUGCCUUGCAGCGCCAAAUUUGUGACCAUGGGCAACUUCGCACGGGGCACCGGCGUCAUUCAGCUGUAUGAGAUCCAGCACGGAGACCUGAAGCUGCUUCGGGAGAUUGAAAAGGCCAAACCCAUUAAAUGUGGAACAUUUGGUGCAACAUCUUUACAGCAGAGAUAUUUAGCUACUGGAGAUUUUGAUGGAAACCUUCAAAUAUGGAAUUUGGAAGCUCCAGAGAUGCCAGUGUAUUCCGUAAAGGGCCAUAACGAAAUUAUAAAUACUUUAGACAGUGUAGGUGGACUAGGAAUUGGGGAAGGAGCACCUGAAAUCGUGACUGGCAGCCGAGAUGGAACUGUGAAGGUGUGGGACCCAAGGCAAAAAGAUGAUCCUGUUGCUAAUAUGGAACCUGUACAAGGAGAAAACAAGAGAGACUGUUGGACUGUGGCUUUUGGAUUGGCUCAUAAAUCUACUGUCUGGCAGGUCCGACACCUGCCACAGAACAGAGAGCUCUUUCUGACAGCUGGAGGCGCCGGCGGCCUUCACCUCUGGAAGUAUGAAUACCCCAUUCAGCGUUCAAAGAAAGAUUCAGAAGGAGGAGAGAUGGGAGUUGCGGGUUCUGUCAGCCUUCUGCAGAAUGUCACAUGUAUCUCCUCUUAUCACUUUGAUCCUGUUUUCAGUGAAUACCCCAUUCAGCGUUCAAAGAAAGAUUCAGAAGGAGGAGAGAUGGGAGUUGCGGGUUCUGUCAGCCUUCUGCAGAAUGUCACGUUGUCUACCCAGCCCAUUUCAAGUUUGGACUGGAGUCCAGAUAAAAGGGGUCUCUGUAUUUGUAGUUCCUUUGACCAAAUGGUGAGAGUACUGAUUGUUACAAAACUCCAUAAAAUUUGAUCUGAAGACUUUGGACUUGAAGCCUUCCAGAGAGACACUCAUAGAAUCUAAGAGAAGUUCUGGGAUCUUCUGACCCUCAUGAACAAAUUUGGAUUUGGCUGAAGAAAAAUGGCCACAGAUGCAAAUCUCCAGGCUAGUCUCCAGCCUCUCUGGGUGCAUUCGGUGACCUAACUGCAUGCUGGCUUGUGGGUGUUCAUGUGGACACCACAACCUCCAGGGCCAGCUCUUUUCUUCUUCCAUUUCUAAUACAAAAUCAAUAGCUGCCUAUAUUUAAACAUAUUUUAAAUUUGUUCUGCAUCCUCAAAGUUCCAUAUUGUAUCUUUACACUUAUGUUUUAGUGUUUAUGCUAUUGCGGCUGGAAUCACUCCAUUGGGUCUAAAAUAGAUUGCCGUGGAAAAACUACUGUGAAGUAAUCUUCAUAAAUGUAUUUUGAGAGAUUUCAGUGUCAGUACGUUUCUGCACGGUAAAUUAUUUUAUAAAGUAUCAAAAUGGCACUGUCGGAUUCGAUUUUAGUAACUGUUUUCAGCAAUGGAAUUCAUAAAAUGAAAUACUAUGAUUUGUGACGACCUCUUUUUACUUACAA